CGGAGCAAUCCGGUGAAGAGCACGAGCCCGAUCCCUGACAAAUUUAGUUGCAGAUAGAUGGCAAUCCUGCGUUCCACUCUCCACCUCGAUAACAAUCUCCCCACACUCGCUUUCCUCCCGUCCGAUUUUAAUGCUCAUCUUUCGUUGCAUCCUCAAGCUCCAUCUGUGGGACCGACCGCACCAUCUAGAUGACCAUGGCGGAACUCUGUCGAUUGACCCACAAAAAAGUUAAGCUCAAGGUUGGAACACAGCUGGUGCGGUUUUGAGCUGUGGAAUGAAAGGAUAUUCACGUUGUUGUGGGGCUGGGUGCACGGGUGACGAAGGUUUUUGGCGUUUUGGAGUCGUGAGUGUUUUCAAUAAUCGAUGCUUGUGAUUUUUCUAGCGCGUGAUUGGGUUCGGGGAGCAGGGAGUCACAUCUGUGGAGUUUGGUGUAAGAUGUGAGUAGUAGCCGAGAUUUUAGAGCAGCUGGCAGAGCAUUUGCGUGAGGAUUUUCUGAUUCUUUGGGAAAUUGAGUGUUUCGCUUGUGAGUUUUAGCGUUGGUGAGAAUUGAGCUGGGAUUGUGAUGAUGUAACCAUUUUGGGUUGCCUUAGGGAUGGGGACCACGAUGAGAGCGAGAAAUGAGAAUGGAUAUGACCGUGGAGGCUUUUCUGUGGUAAUUCGAAGAGGGUGGGAAUCUGAAUUUGGUCACAGGUUUCGAUUGAUUUCCGCAGAACAGCUUCUGUAACGUUAGUUUUACUCGUAGAGGAUGUAGAGAGUGCGUGGAUUUCAGAAUGGUGAUGUUGAAUCACUCAUGGGCUGGGGCAGCUAGUGUCCAUCAUGCCCAGCCUUGGAGCAUCCUAACUUCGAUCUCGACAUCAAUCCAUUGCUGCAUAGGGAAAAAUGUAGUAGGCAGAAGAUUAAGGACACCCCAUAGAUCUUUUGCAAACAGAAGUUUCUGCAUCUUGUGCAUGGCCAACUCUGCAAUGUGUGCGGAUGACAGUAGCAGUCGAACACAAGCACAGGAGUUCAGGGUUGUGAAAUCGAAGGAGACACAGGAUGUUCGAGAAGAUUAUGUAUCGACUGAUAAAGCUCUGAUCAGCAACGACGGUAAUUCUGCAAGGGAACCAUCAUUAAAUAGUGCUCAUACAACCGAGUUUAAAGAAGUAUUCUCAAGCAGAAGAGGAGGUCAAAAUUCCAUUACUACUUCGUUGCUGCGUAAACCGUUAAGGCAAGCAGACGCUCCCCAAGAAUUACCUUCGGGCGAAUUAUCUAAGCCAGCCGAUAAGUCAUUGCCUGACAGUAAAGCCUUUGAGUUGGGGAACUCUCGGUUAGUGAUCAAAUCGAAGCCUGCGAAGGCGACGCCGAAUGAUUCAGGUUCAAGCAAUGUAAAGAAGACGAAGUUAAUCCCCGAAAUUGUUCGGAAGGCUGUGAUUGACAUUCUAGCUCAUACUGAUAACAUGGAAGAGGCACUUCAUAGAGCCCUAGUGUCAUUUGGGAACCGGAGUACCUACUGGGAUCAGAUGAUGAAGGAACUGGAGAUUCGAGGAGCACGAAGGCAAGCUCUUCAAGUGUUCCGGUUCUUGCAAGAGCAUCUAGAGUAUGAGUUAAAAGAACAUAACUGCGUGACUAUUAUUUCCAUUCUAGGGCGUGAAGGAAAGCUCGGACUUGCCAGAGAGAUAUUUGAAGGGAUGUCCAAAGCUGGCGUUGCACCUUCUGUCCAUGCAUACACGGCUUUAUUGAGUGGGUAUGCAAAGCAAGGCCUUCUUAAAGAAGCAUGGGCUUUGUUUGAGGCAAUGAAGGAAAAGGGAUGCUCCCCAAACGUUCUUACGUAUAACACGCUUAUAAAUGCUUGUACUAAGAGGGCUUACAGAUUACCUGACUUAGUGGGUCUCUUUGAAGAGAUGAAGCAAGCCGGUGUACAACCAAAUGACAUUACUUACAAUUGUAUGGUAAACGCAUGUGUUUGUUUAAGUCUCUUCGACACUGCUAGCCAGAUUUUGAAGGAAAUGAAGGCUGUGAACUGCCUCCCUAAUGUAAUAUCAUACACCACUAUGAUCAACUCGCUGGGGAGGUCUGGGAGGCUGGACGAAGCUGUGGAGCUUUUUGAGGAAAUGAAGGAGCUCGGGCGAUCGCCUAAUUCAUGGACUUACAACUCUCUACUGAAGGCAUAUGCUAGAGAGGGACGCUAUGAGAAGGCUAUGUGUUUAUUUGUAGGGAUGGAAGAUGAAGGGUGCAUCCCAGACCUUUACACGUACAAUACUGUCAUUGACAUGUGCGGUAGAGGUGGGCUGUUUGCGGAGGCUGAAGGUGUCUUCCUCGAAAUGCAACGGAAGGGUUGCACUCCAGAUAGGGUAACUUACAACACAAUGCUCGAUGCAUACAGCAAAUGGAGCAGGAGGGGAAGGGCUAGGGAUCUCUUGAAAACUAUGAAGCGUGCAGGUUGCACUCCUGAUCUUUGGACUUACAACAUUUUGCUGGAUGCCGCUGGUAAAGCCGGCAGUGCAAGUGAAGCUAUGCAGAUCUUUCACGAGCUGAAAGCCGCUGGUCAUUCGCCCAAUCUUGUCAGCUUUAGUGCCUUGAUAAAUAUGUAUGGGCGAUUGGGGUACUUCGAAGAGGCAGAAAGAGCUUGGGUUGAAAUGAGGGCGACAGGUUGCGUCCCAAAUGCGACUGCGUAUUGUGGACUAAUGAACAGCUACAGCCAUCAUGGCAUGUAUAAGGCGGCAUUGAAGACAUUUGAGGAGAUGCAAAGCAGUGGAGUGGUACCCGACACUCGCAGCUACACAACCCUCAUGGAGGCAUAUGGCCAAGCAGGGCGUUGUGACGACGCAGAAAGGUUGUUGAAGCAGAUGGAGGCCGAGGGCUUUAUAGCUGACAUUGUAACAUACGGUGUAUUGGUUAAGGCCUUUGCAAAAGCUGAACGGUAUGAAGAAGGGUUUAAGUACUUUGAAUAUGUGGUACAACAUGCGGAACCAUUUCACGAACCUUCUCAGAUUUUGAUAUCUCAACAUAGCGCUGCGUAUGGAGAGGUCCGUAGGAAGCAAGUUGAACAAUGAUUCUCUGUAUUUACACAUUGGAAGGAGUGCAGUGUGUUAUGUUUACCUGAAACCGUGGUGAAAAUUCAGGAGUUUAAUGUGUUUUCGUCGUUCACAGCCUUCGUCAGAGACACGUAGGAAUCAGACUUCGGCUUUUACAACAUGCCCCAAAUGUUAGCUCCUUCAUUUGAGCCCUCCGUGCGACAGAGAUGUUAAGAUGCUACAAUUCAAAUGACCUUUAGUAAA